AGGUUAAACAUGUUGCGAAUUGCUUGUAAAAAAUCUCUGAAUUCAGUUGAGGUUCUGAGAAAAACUUUAAAUAUAAGUACUAAGCAAAAAAGGCAUUUAAAUUUACUUGAAUACCAAAGUAAAGAACUUCUUAGAGAUUGUGGAAUUUCUGUACAAAAUUUUGCUAUUGUUGAUGAUUUAAAUAAAGCAAAUUCUGCAUUAGAAAAAUUAAGUGCUGAUGAAUUUGUUAUAAAAGCUCAAGUAUUAGCUGGCGGUCGUGGGAAAGGAUGGUUUGAUAAUGGUUUCAAAGGAGGUGUGCAUGUUACAAAAGACCGUACAGCAGUUGUAGAAGUUGUGAAAAAUAUGUUAGGUCAUCGUCUAAUUACAAAACAGACCUCAGAAGAUGGAAUAUUGGUACACAAGAUUAUGAUCGCUGAGUCUGUAAAUAUUAAACAAGAAACAUAUGUUUGUAUUCUUAUGGAUAGACAGUACAAUGGUCCGGUAUUAAUUGCUUCACCGGCAGGUGGUAUAGAUAUUGAAACAGUUGCUAAAACGAAUCCAGAGUUGAUAAAAACAGUAUCACUCGAUAUAUAUCAUGGGAUUGAUGAUGAUAUAGCUAAAGACGUUAGCACUUUCCUGGGCUUUACACAUCCAGAUGUGCAGGAGAAGGCAAUAUUUGAAUUAAAAAAUUUAUGGAAACUCUUUGUAGAUAUUGAUGCUUUGCAAGUAGAAAUUAACCCCUUGGUUGAGACCACAGAUAAGCAAGUGGUAGCAGUUGAUGCAAAAAUUGCAUUUGAUGAUAAUGCUCAAUUUCGACAACAGGAUUUGUUUGCUUUAGAGGAUAGUGAUGAAAAGGAUCCAAGAGAAGCAGAUGCAUCACGGUUUAACCUAAAUUAUAUUAGUAUGGAUGGCAAUAUAGGAUGUUUAGUUAAUGGAGCUGGGUUAGCAAUGGCAACUAUGGAUAUAAUUAAACUAAAUGGUGGAUCUCCAGCAAACUUUUUGGAUGUAGGUGGAAGUGUUAAAGAAGAUCAGGUUUAUCAAGCAUUUAGGAUACUCAGUGAAGAUCCAAAAGUCAAAGUAAUUCUUGUGAAUGUAUUUGGAGGUAUUGUAAAUUGUGCUACAAUAGCCAAAGGAAUUGCUGCAGCAUUUCGUAAUUUGCAACUUAAAAUUCCUCUUGUUGUCAGAUUAGAAGGCACAAAUGUAAAAGAAGCAAAGAAAUUUCUUGCAGAAAGUGGUUUACCAAUUAUUACAGCAAAUGAUUUGGAUGAAGCAGCUAAAAAGGCAGUCAGUUCUGUAAAAUUAUAAACUUCCUAAUCUCACAUAUUACUAUCUUUUUUUAAGCCUGGAAAUAUACUAAAAA